UUCCUGCAGCUGACUUGCAACUAGUUUUUACCAGCCGAAAUAUGAUUAGACAAUGCGUCAAGGAUGGAUUACCGCUUUUGUCCACAUCCAUGUGUAUUUACUCUUUUACCUGCUCUUGUCGAGCUGUUUAUAUUGGACGUUGUAAGCGUAAUCUCCGAAAACGUGUAGCUGAACACUAUCCAGUCUGGUUAGUGAAAGGCGAACGUAGAACUCCGAAGUCGUCUAUCUGUGAUCACCUGUUAGAGUCAGGUCAUUUAGCCCCACGUGAUUCAUCUUUCAAAGUCAUCUACAUGGCAAAAUCGAAUCGAUCCAAGGGUUUACGUUUUCUUCACUUAUGCAUAGCCGAAGCCUUAGCUAUACAUGAACAGAAACCUAAAUUAUAUGUUCAAAAACGUUUAGUCAAACCCUUUUCUUUACCUUGGUCAUAGUAAUGUUCUUUCUAGUUUCCAUUUUAUUUUACCA